CAAUAUAGAGAGUACGUGUAGGGUGUACCACAAAACUUGGCGAUGAUACUUCCUCCAUCUCAAUUUGACAACGACAUUAUCUUUAUCAUUCACAUCUCCUCCUCAUCUUUCUCUGUUCGGUUUCUAAACAAAAACUGAAACCAGGGUUCUGUUUCUUUCAUCAUUCUCUUUCGUUUUUUUUCUUUUAAUUCGACGGGUGUGCUUUGCCAUCUUUUGAGGAGCUGAGGAAAUCAUCAAGAGAGAAGUGUUUCUUGAAGGGUUUGUCCUGGUUCUUGAUUUCUUGCUUUUAGCAAAGGAUCAUGUGAACUUGUUUUGCUCAAAGGAACAGUGGAGCCAGAAACGCACUGAAUUUCCUGCGUCCCGUUUCGCCUCGUUAAUUGAGAAUGGGAGGUGCAGUGGGAAAGGCUGGUUCACCUCAAAAGGCAUGGAUACCGGAAACACAAAUCGAAACAAAAGUGGUCGAAGCUAUGCGGCGGAGGGAAACUCAUGGAAGUUCAAUAAAAUCAUUCAACAGCAUAAUCUUAAAAUUCCCAAAAAUAGAUGAAAGCUUCAGAAAAUGUAAAGCUACUUUUGAGCAAUUUGAUGAAGAUUCCAAUGGGUCCAUUGAUAAGGAAGAGCUCCGGAAAUGUUUCCAUAAGCUGGAGACUGCGUUUACAGACGAAGAAAUUAACGAUCUCUUUGAGACAUGUGAUGUUAAUGAGGACAUGGGCAUGAAGUUCAAUGAGUUCAUUGUACUUCUCUGUCUUGUCUAUCUUCUCAAGGAUGAUCCUGCUAUCCCUCAAGCUAAAUCACGAAUAGGCAUGCCGGAUUUGGAGGCCACAUUUGAAACACUGGUUGGGGCCUUUGUGUUCUUAGACAAGAACAAGGACGGUUACGUCAGCAAGAGUGAGAUGGUACAAGCCAUAAAUGAAUCUGGGGAGCGUUCGUCUGGACGAAUAGCCAUGAAAAGAUUUGAAGAGAUGGACUGGGAUAAAAAUGGAAUGGUGAAUUUCAAGGAGUUUCUGUUUGCUUUCACUAACUGGGUUGGGAUCGAUGAUAACGAAGAUGAGGAGGGAGGAGGAGAAGAGGACUGAUGAAUCUAUGCAAAUUCUCCCGUCGCCAGCUCUCUACUUGACGAAUCAUGACGACCUGGAGCUGACAUUCACAGACGUGAGAGUUUCUAUAUAUAUAAGCUCCUGUUUGUCUCUUCAAUAAAUGAUCAAAACACGUACAUUCUAUGUUUUGCUGGCUCGGAAGAAAUCUUUUUCCUUCUAUGCUUUGUAUUGUAAAUUGGGUUUUCAAGUACACAACCUACAUGCUUGUUGGAUGCAUUUCGCUAUGAACUAUUUAAUGCAGUAUACGAAGAUGAUUUUUAGAUGAAA